AUGUGGUUGCGAACCCAGUGGCGGACUCUGGACACCCAGCUUGUCAACAAGGACAAACCUGCCGGGGCCCGGGUCCUCCUCCUUGGCCGUCCUCGGGUGCGGUGGUGAACCCCUCUUCCGCUCCUCUUCUCCCCCUUUCUCCCUCAUCCUGCUUCUCCGACGCUCUAGGGAGGCCGAUCUCUCUCUCCCCUUUUUUCCCCCUCUCUCUUUCAUUCUUCUUCCUCCUUUGCUUAUCGAAUCUGCCGACAGUUCUCAGGUCGUCCGUCGUCUCUCUUUUUGAGGAUUGACACGUUCGAAUUUGCGUUCGCAUGCUUGGAUUUAGGCACAAUGAGGACAUCAUUGCUAGGGGAACUGCUUGAAAGCAUCAAAAAGUUUCAUCUUUUAUCUGCUAGCAAAAAUGCGAAACAUGAUAUGGUUCAAAGAUACUGUAGAACAAUUGAUCAGAUCCUUGAGCAUUUUAAACAACUGUGUUAUGAAAUUGCUGCUUCUGAGAUAUCUUUGGACGAGCAGCUGGUCAACAUGUUGAAAGAGCUAGAUGUUGCAGUCAAUGAAGCUGGGAAAUUUCUUGAAAGUUGGCAUUCAAUGAUGAGUAGAAUUUACUUUGUUUUGCAAAUAGAAGCUCGUGUAAUCAAGAUAUCUGCAUCCACACUUGAAAUAAGUGAACUGGUUACUCCUCUGCUUCUGAGUCCAAUAGACAGUACCAUACUAAAGUGCAUUGAGGAAACGCGGUGCACAGAUGAAUACAUAUCAGUUGUCAUUGAAAAGGCCAUUACUGACCAAAGGGAAAAUAAUAGGCCUAGACCUGAAGAUUUGGAUAGAAUUUCUGACUUUCUAAGCUUGUCAUGCAAUCAAGAAUUGCUCAUGGAGGAUGUCGCACUUGAGAAGCUCAAAACUGAGCUCGACUGCAGUGACAAUCAGGAAGAAGUAGAGAAGAUUGGCCACAUGGUUGGCCUUGUCAAAUAUAUGCAUUACUGCCUCCUUGAAGUUAAGCAAUUGCAUAGUAUAAAUGGUGUCCCUGUCCCUACUGAUUUCUGCUGUCCGCUUUCAUUGGACUUAAUGUCUGAUCCAGUUAUUGUGGCUUCUGGACAAACAUAUGAGCGAGCAUUUAUCAGGAAAUGGAUUGAUGAUGGUUUUAAUGUCUGUCCGAGGACUCAUCAAACACUUGGACAUACUAACUUGAUUCCAAACUACACGGUGAAGGCAUUAAUUGCAAACUGGUGUGAAUCAAACAACAUUAAACUUCCUGAUCCAGUGAAGUCCAUGAUGGGCUUGAAUGUUCCUUCUGCUUUUCUUAAACCCACUGAAGCAAGUGUUACUGACUUUAGUGUUCUUCAAUCUGGAAAUUCUGCCAAGGUGAAUCAUCAAAGAUCUCCAGAACAUGGGAAAGUGAUUACUUUAGAAAGGGACUCCCAUUCUUCUAAUGGCGUCUACCAUGCAACUUCGCUUUAUCUGGAUUCUGAUUCAUUACCCACCCUGCAAAUUGCGAAUGGAUCUGAUGCAAGCAUUUCAAGGUUAUCCUUAGUUAGUACUGCAAGGGAACCUAACUUGGAACAGAGGAAUACAAUUUCUGGCAGCCAAAAUACCAACCAAUCAACACAAGAUUCAGAACCCUCAACAGAUGAUGAGCGAUCUCCACGUCAUGAGCAGACUGAAUCUGCUCCCAAUGCUGUUUCGAGACAGAAUGUUCAAAGACCUAGGGAUGUUAAUGAACUCUCACGAGUUUCGAGUGAUUUGACACAUUACAACAGUGAUGCUUCUGGUGAAGUUGUACAGGAUACUAUAUCCUCCUCCUCCCAAAGAGAAACUGAGUUUGCACCAAACUUGGAUGAGGUUCAUCCUAGAAACCAUAAUAUUUGGACACGUCCAUCUGUCCCCCAAAUCAUAUCUUCCCACUCCAUGGAAUCCAGGUGUGAUUUAUCUGGUGUCGAGUCUGAAGUUUGUAAGCUAAUUGUAGAAUUGAAAAGUGAUUCCAUAGCUAAAUUGAGAACUGCCACAGAGGAACUUCGCCUUCUUGCUAAGCAUAACAUGGAAAAUAGGAUUGUUAUUGCAAAUUGUGGAGCUAUUAACUUAUUGGUUGGGCUGCUUCAUUCAGCAGAUUCCAAGACUCAGGAAAAUGCUGUUACUGCCCUCUUAAACUUGUCGAUUAAUGACAACAAUAAGAUUGCCAUUGCAAAUGCCGAUGCCAUAGAUCCUUUGAUUUAUGUGCUUGAGAUAGGCAACCCUGAAGCAAAAGAAAAUGCUGCAGCAACAUUAUUUAGUCUGUCAGUGAUCGAAGAGAACAAAGUUAGGAUUGGGCGGUCGGGUGCUAUCCAACCUUUGGUAGACUUAUUAGCAAAUGGGAGCCCUCGAGGAAAGAAAGAUGCAGCAACAGCAUUAUUUAAUUUGUCAAUCUUUCAUGAGAACAAGUCACGAAUUGUACAAGCUGGAGCUGUGAGACACUUAGUUGAACUGAUGGACCCGGCCGCUGGUAUGGUUGACAAGGCUGUUGCUGUUUUAGCAAACCUUGCAACUAUACCAGAAGGGAGAAAUGCGAUUGGUCGAGAUAAUAAUGGCAUCCCUGUACUUGUGGAGGUAGUUGAAUUGGGCUCUGCACGAGGAAAAGAAAAUGCUGCUGCAGCUUUACUUCAGCUAUGUACUAAUAGUGGUAGAUUUUGUAGCCAAGUUAUUCAAGAAGGUGCUGUGCCCCCAUUGGUAGCUUUGUCACAGUCUGGUACCCCACGAGCUAAAGAAAAGGCUCAAGCUCUUCUAAGCUACUUCCGCAAUCAGCGUCAGGGCAAUGCUGUGAGAAGAUUAUGAUCUAGCUUUAGUUUCCUCAGAUCUUAUAUGCAAGUACAUAAGUUUGGUCCUGCCAGCUAUUUUAGGCUUGGUGCACUCUUCCCGACGGUAAUUACAAACCGUCUUCGGAGUUUUCUAGCGUGUUGAUGAUGCAUGAAACUUUUUGUCGGGCGUUUUCUUGUAGAGAACUUACAAGUCUGUACAGUGUUUAUUGGCGUCAGCAUCGGUCUCGAUUCGUUUUUGGCCGUUGCUUGGUUGUAAAUGUUUAUUCCUGUACAAUAUGUAAUCUUUUCUUGUAAUUUCCAUCUCUAUAAAUCCUUUUAUUAUUCAUCGUUCCUAA